AUGGCACCUCUCAUUGUAGCUGCGUACUUAUCAGUGGUCAUAGUAGCCAUGUUCUAUACGUAUCAACGUGACGCGCUUUACUUAUUUGCUGUAGUUUUGUGUUCCAUCAGCCAGUGUUACAUGGCAAUGUGGAAUGUCCAAUUUUGCUUCUACCUUAACAUUAUUCAGCAGUCAUACACUACGACCUUGGCCAGCCUCCCAGAGCUGGCGUGUGCAGAUAACGACGCCCUCGGCUCAUACGCUGACCUCAUCUCCAGAUUAAGGCAACUUGUGGAGCAGUUCAACAAGGUAUUUGCGAUCUUCGUGUUACUCCGGUGCUUUGUCUUCCUGUGCAAGCUGGUAGUGCUGCUGUAUCUCAUGUGCAUUAGCGAAUGGAACCUCCUCCAAGUACUCGUAAUCGGUUCUGCAGCGGAGGAAGUCACACAGCUUCUCGUUGCGUGCACCAUGGCCGAUGCUCUGCAGGAGAAGCACAGCGCGCUGGUGGAGAGGGUGUGGACAGACUACGCAAAACCCGGAAUCGCAAGGCACGGGCGUCGCAAACUGCAGUCCCUCGCCUCUUGCCUUCACGCCCAUCCCUCCCGCGUGCAGUGCGGGCGUGUAGCCGUGCUGGGACAGAGGAUGCUUCUGGAAAUGAUCGGCAUUGUGAUAACAUAUAUUGUUGUGGUGUAUCAGUACUCGCCAAGUAAAUAA